CUCACUCGCUGUCACUUCCAGAAAGAGAAACGCAGGGAGAGAGAUGAAAGUCAAGGGAGAGCUGCAGGAGCACGUCAUUAAGAUAUUCUGGCAACGCUGCAGAGAGGCAUUCCUUGGAUUUUCUCAUCUGAAUCGGACGCAGGACUAAACACACGCCGUCAAAGCUCAUGCGAGGUCACAGGUUUCUGGGACGCGGGACAGCAGUGGCGGCGGGCUCGACUCGUCGUUUUUUAGAUUUGAGGGACGAGCGCUGCACCCAAGGCAAUUGCAGGUUACGGUGCUGCGAGAACACCCAGAGGUGGUUCGAAGAUUGUGAUUUGGUUGCGUGAGUUAUGCGCUCCUGCGGUUGACGAGUGAGGCCGAGCAUCCACAGACGCUCAGAUACACAGCGUCUGAGGGGUUUGCCGACUGCACAGUGAGAAGAAAAGGUGAGGAAGAGUGCAAGUUUAGCUGCUGUGUGGAACAUAAGGACGGACGCAAAUAUGCCCUUAAUCUGAUCUGAUCCAAAAAGGCCUGGUUUUUUAUCUAAUUUGAAGAAGGAACUUGCUUUUUGGGGUCACUUUUUCUUAAGCACAAGAGAGAAAUUCUAACCUGGUCUGUCAAGGUAAUGCAGCUGAAUAUCAAAACAACUUUUUUUUUUUGAGUCAGACCUGAAAGACCAAUGAAGGAGUCAGACCAAACCAAGGAUAACCCCCUGACCUGGGAUUUUGACCAAUCCUGGCCUUCAUUCCUGAAACCAGCUGCACAUCUUUGCCUCAACACCUUUGAUUUCUCAGACCUCUGGGAUGAAGAAGACAGCACGGAGGAGGAGGCAGCCAGUGCAACCAGUGAAUCAUCGCCGUGUCUCCGAGCCCCUCCAGCACCCCCUCCCCUUCCUCCCCCUCCUCCCCUCGCCCCACCUUUGCCCUCGGCUUCCCACAAAGGUACGCCCAUCAAAUGUCGCACCUUGAAGCUCCACUGGAGGGAACUGCAGAGUUUAGCGCCUCUUCCCAGGAUGACCCGCUUCGGGACUCAGACUAUUUGGGCCAGACUUGAGCCAGUCCAUCUGGAUACAAACCGACUGGAGUACCUGUUUGAAUCGAAGGGCACCAGCACCAGUUUUAAUGUGGUUUCUGGGAGGCAGAAGCAGCCGUCAGUCUCAGUGUUGGGUAUGAAGCGGAGCAACAUCAUAACCAUUGCCCUGAGCAGCCUGCCCCCUCCUCGCCUCCUCCCCCCUGCUAUCUACAGCAUGGACAGCAGUGUGCUGGACAGGGAGGAUGUCCAGCGGCUUCAAGCGCUUAUCCCAACAGAAGAAGAGCUUUGUCUGAUCAAGGAGGCCAAGGCCCAGAACCCCCACUCCUCUCUGGCCCCAGCCGAGCUCUGCCUGCUCACUUUGGGGGACAUCCCACAUCUGAAGUCCAGGCUUCAGCUGUGGGCCUUCGCUCUGGACUACGACUCUUUAGAAAGGGAAAUUGCUGAGCCUCUCUUCCAAUUGAAGUUGGCCAUGGAGCAGCUCUCAGCCAGCCAGACCUUCAGAUGUAUUCUAGCAACGGUGUUAGCGAUCGGCAACUUUCUCAACGGAUGCAAGGCCCGUGGCUUUGAGCUGAGUUACCUGGGGAAGCUGUCCCAGGUGAGGGAUACGCACACCCGCCAGCCCCUGCUGCACCACGUCUGCGUGCUCCUGAUGCAGCUCUACCCGCAAUCGUCUGACCUCUACUCGGACAUCACUGCUGUUACUAAAGCCGGCAAGUGUGACUACUCCCUAGUGCAGACCAACUUCACCCAGUUACAGGACCUGUGCAAAGCCUCAUGGGAGCAGCUAAAGAUUUUGGACAAGGCAGAGGAGAAGAGGAGAGGAGGAAAGGUGGAGAAGAGGAGAGGGGGAGGAGAUGAGGCGCUGGCCCCGGAGGGCUCGCUCCGUCACAGGUUGCCGAAGAUUUUGAAAGAGUGCGAGGAGAGGCUGAAGGUCCUAAGAGCCGUCCAUCGCCGGGUUAUCAACAGGUUCCACUCUUUCCUAUUAUUCCUAGGCUACUCCAAAGCCAUGGUGAGAGACACCAAAGCAGAGGAUUUCUGCAGAACUGUCAGUAACUUUUCUUUGGAGUACAGGACCACGCGGCAGGCCAUCCUCCUGCAGAGAGAGAGGGAAAGGCAGAAAGGUGGAGCAGAGAGCCCGGGCCCGAACACUCCCGCCGCCAGCAGGAAACGUCAGCAAGCUCCAACACAGGACAAUGAGGAGCAACGUAGGCUGGAGGAGGUGCUGAGAACACCUGAGUCCACCUCAAGACUGGAUGUCACGCUGCCUCGAAACCGUAGGAGGAUGGCAGACGUCCAAGGUGCUUUCUCACGGAAACUGAAGUGGUGACCCUGCUGAUACACUUUCAGAAGUCGUUCAGUCACUGGUGUACUAGGAUAAAAGUGUUUGAGUUUGAGUUUAGCUUGUUAUUUAUGACAUUGUAUUCUGUUGUUGGAAGUCACAUUUUUGCUGCACAAUGUUGUUUAUCGGUGAGAAAACAGACCAGUGUGUGAGAUUUCACAUGCCAUUCAAGUUUCAAUAAUGUCUGAGUUUUGAGAUAAAGGUGCAUUAAAAUCUGUUUUGAUUUAAAUACAUCAGACAUGUGUGCAUUGUGUGUGUGUGUGGGUGUAAAUCAACAAAAUUCACAGUUAAAUAAUCAACACUGAAUGAAACGGGCAUUAGGAAGCAUUCUGUCUAAAUAAAGCCUCAAAGGAAUUCCACAUUAUGUUCACCUCCACUGUAUUCUGCUUUACAUUAAAACUCG